AUGUCUGAGGGAGAAAGCAAAGGCCCCUUACUGGGUAUGAGACAUAUACAGACCUUUUUGCUGUUCUUUGGUAUUGUGGCUAUUUACAUUAGCCGCGUAAAUAUUGGAGUUGCAGUGGUGGCUAUGACAAAUGCAGCAACCACUAAUCCAGAGUUUUUGGAGUUCGAUUGGAGCAAAAAAGAAAUCGCCUACAUUUUCUCCAGCUUCUACUGGGGCUAUUUCGUCACCCAAUUCCCUGGAGGUGCCUUGUGCAAGUAUUUAGGUGUCAAGAACACUAUAGGCUGGGCCAUAUUUAUUUCCACAGUAUUGAGCGCCAUAACUCCCUACUGUGUGCUGUGGAAGGGAUGGCAGGCAUUCUGCCUUAUACGAUGCAUUCAAGGUCUAGCCCAGGGAGUGAUAUUUCCCUGUGUGCUACAGCAUUUGGCCAAAUGGUCACCGGCAAAAGAGCGCAAUCGUUUGGGGGCCUUCAGUUUUACCGGCUUGGAAUGUGGUACAGUCUUGGCUUUAGCUCUUAGCGGGGUUAUAGCCAAAGGUCCCUUGGGCUGGCCUGGAAUUUCCUAUGUUUCGGCCGCCAUAGGUUUUGUAUGGUGCCUGCUGUGGCUUGUAUUCGGGGCCAAUAGUGCUGGUGAGACAAGAUUUAUUUCCAAAGCAGAGAGAAACUUUAUCGAUUCUUCCAGAGAUGCUUCGAGCAAUUCUAAUAAAAAGAACAUUCCCAUACCUUGGAAGGCCAUAGUGACGUCGGGUCCAUUUUUGGCAUUGGUUGUGGUACGCUGUGCCCAACUUUAUGGUAUUUCCACAUUGCAAACUCAAAUACCCUCCUAUUUGCAUGGGAUACUCAAAAUGGAAAUCAAAUCGAAUGCCUUGUAUUCGGCCAUGCCUUUUCUGGCCAGUUGGUUUACAUCCUUUGUUUAUAUGUUCUUGGGAGAUGUACUGCAAGGCAGAGGAAUAUUAAGUCUGACCGCAUUGCGUAGAACUUUUAGCAGUUUGUCUUCCUGGAUUCCAGCCUUGGGUCUGAUAGCCAUUGGAUUUAUGAAUGAGCAGACAAGGUCUUGGGCCUUGGCCAUUAUGACUUUGAGUGUGGCAGCCAAUAGUGGCAAGAUAAUUGGUAUUGCUCUAAACAACAUCGAUUUAUCGCCCAAUCAUGCAGGUUUAUUGAUGUCGCUAUCAAAUACCCCGGCAUGCUUUAUGUCAGUGAUAGCUCCCUUAGUAGUGGGAUUUAUAGUAACUGAUGGGUCCUCCCGUCUGCAGUGGCAAAUUGUCUUUGCCAUUGCCGCUGUUAUCUUCUUCUUUGGCAAUUUGGUCUACAUCAUAUGGGGUUCCACCGAUACUCAACCAUGGAAUGAUGAAGACUUUCUGGCAAAAGAUUCUGCUGCAAAAGUGACAAAAGGCAGUCCAUUAGAGCUACCUGACAUAGCAUAUAAGAAGCCAAAAGUUUGA